AUGUUGUCAAACCUAAAAAACAACUGCAGGAACCUAUUCUUUGGAAAGAACAAUAGCGUCUGUAUUCUUGCGGUGUCUAGCGCUGGGGGUUUCAAUGUGUGCUUUGCAUCUCGAAGGAUAAUAGGAAAAACCGAAAACCGAAAAAAGUUGUGCCUCAAGAGUAUAUCCGAUAUAUAUGAACGCGACCGAGUUGCUGGGCCUGUUGCUGGUGCCGCUGCCCGGUGCGCUAAACGAAGCCACGAGGGUGGAUUCCGCCCGGCGGGUGUCUGGGCGGGCGUGGAACGAGUGGCGCGUCGUUUAGCACGCUCCGGUUACCCGCCGCGCUCAACAAAAACGUUGCAAGCCAGACUGGGUGCAGUCGCACAGCCGUACCGCUCGUACUGCCCGCGCUGGGCGGUUGUUGAGAUAAGAGGUUCGCGGUUCGCGGUUCGCGGUUCGCUGCUAGUGUUCGCACGAUGCGAUUCUUGUCUAUCCUUCUACGCAGUGUGGCCCUUCGAUAUCGCUCCGCCUCAAUCAUUGUUCUUCUGUAGCGGUGUGUCCGUCGCUUAUCAAGAACCACGACAGGUGGUUUUCGCUGCAUCAGCAAGCGUAGCGGCGGCCAUGCCAUCACCAUGUGUUAUUGAGUAUAUUUAG